GUAGCAAUUUAAUAUCGAUCUUGCAAUUCGAAGAAACAGUCAUGCAGCCGUUAUCCGUUCUGGUGGCCAUUGUUGCUACCUUGGCAGUGUUCCAGGGAUCCCAGGCCAAAACAUUCGGCGAGUGUGAAUUAGCUCGGCUACUCCGUACCAAAUACGGUUUCGAUAGGUCCAAAGUGAACAACUUCGUCUGUCUGGCGAAGGCCGAGAGUGGCUUGCGUACGACCGCCACCAAUAAGAAUAAGAACGGAUCUACCGAUUACGGAUUGUUUCAAAUCAACAAUAACUACUGGUGCAGCACCCCCGGAUUCCAAUCGGCCGGAAAUGAUUGCCGUAUCGCCUGUUCUGCGUUCUUAACCGAUGAUAUUAGUCAAGCAGUAACUUGCGCCAACAAAAUCUAUGCCCGACAUGGUUACUCGGCAUGGUACGGAUGGAAAGCCAAAUGCAAGAACGGCGUCAAAGAUCUUUCGUCCUGUUAAUCUAGAAGGAUAUCAAUGGAAUAUAUGUUGCCAAACAGACACGGAUGAAUAUUAGACCGGAAUGAUAAAUUACCCCAAAUCGAGUUAAAAUGCUUUGAAAAAAUAUAAACUUGAACUGG